UUGACUGGUGAGCAUCGUAUCGUUAUUUUUUGUGUGUCGAAAUGGAUCCGCCACUGAACCAGGUGCUCCUCCUGGUGCUGUCGCUCUGCCUGCUGGUCUCGGCCAACAGAAUCAAUGACAGAAAGUCACCCAACGAGGUCAGUCUCUACAGCGAGUCGGACAAUGUGAAAAUGCUGGACAGUGAGUCACUGAGAGCAGCUCUGGUAAUGGAUGGUGACAAAGGCAAACUGGUGCAGUUCCUCAAUACCUUCUGUGGGGAUUGUCAACGCUUUGCCCCGAUUUUUAAGGGUUUGGCUCGUGACCUUUACAAAUGGAACUCCAUCCUCCGGAUCUAUGGCAUUGAUUGUGCCCAGGAGAGGAAUGUGGAUGUGUGCCGGGAGUUUGAUAUUCGUCAGACUCCCACAUUGCGUUAUUUUGCCUUGGAUUCCUACAAACAUAAUCACAGCCUGGGCUUGGAUAUACCCAGUCAAGAUCCUCAGGUAAUAACCUCAACACUGGCUGAGUUUAUCUCACGAAAUGAGCAGCCAAAUUUUGCACCUUUGAAGUCGGAUGAUAAUGUGGAAAGCAUAUUUAAGAGACACUUGGCUCGAAGUCCCUCAGUGAAGGUCAUUGCUUUGGUAUUCCAACCCAAGGAUUCCCAAAUAGGCAGGGAUACUCUACUCGAACUUUUACCCUAUAAAGAUUUGGAAGUGCGUAUUGUGGAGGAUUCUGCGGUCUUUGCCAACUUUGGCCUUAAAGAUGUGACCGAUCUGAAGUUAGUUAUCAUCGAUGGAAAGGGGAACCCCAAAAGUCUGACAACCACCGAAGAUACAAGUAAAGCCUAUGCCACCGUUGUGGAAUACCUUCAGUCCCUCGAUUACAAGCCAGAGCCACCAUUACCCAUUGUUGAGGCUGCCAAUGUGACAGAGUUCUUGGAUCAGCAGAAUCAGGCCAUCAUAGCGGAAGUUCUGAAGCCACCAAAGAGGGUCUAUAGAGCUGAUCUGGAACAGGCCAUUGAUAAGCUACUCCACAUUGAGCUACCCAAACCGCCUUUCCUGGAGGGAAAUAAUUUGACUGCCUUGAGGAACAUCAUAACCGUGGUCAGCUACCUUAAUCCUCUCAAUAAAGAUGGUCAGUUGUUGCUGAAAAACCUCCGAAGUUCUUUGAGCCAGGCCAAGACCAUGACGGGAGUUCAGUUUGCCGAAACAGUGGAGUCCCUGGAGAAGCCUCUAAAGAAAGUCUUCAAAGCAAGGCGUUAUGUGGGCUGCAUUGCCUCACGUCCCUUCCUGCGCGGAUUCACUUGCUCUUUGUGGACACUAUUCCACUUUCUCACCGUGGAAGCAGCCAAGCCACCUUAUUACUUUAAGCCAGGCUCUGUCCUCUUAGCUGUUCAUGGUUUUGCCAAGUACUUCUUUGGCUGCACGGAUUGCUCCCGGCACUUCCAGGCAAUGGCCAAGCGAAGGCGUUUGGCUUCAGUCAAGAGUCACGAUGAGGAAAUCCUUUGGCUCUGGGAGGCUCACAACGAGGUCAAUCAACGUGUGGCUAGUGAUUCCACCGAGGAUCCCAAAUUCCCCAAGAUUCAGUUCCCCAGCGAAGAGGAUUGCCCCACUUGCCGGUCCAGCAGCAAUAGCUCCGAGUGGCAGAAGCCAGAAGUGCUCAAGUAUUUGAAAAAGAUCUACGAUAGAGAGAACCUGAGCUUCUAUGGUUUACCCACUGCCCAGGGAUAUAAUUGAAUAAUCAUUGAAUAAUUGCUCUUAAUUAUGGUUAAUUUUUACAGUAUUUGUAAGCGUUUUGCACUCUUUUUUAAUGUUCUCAUUUAAUAAAAUAAUGUUUUUUCUAAAAGACUUGGAUGUGAUUUGUUUUGUACAAUUUUGGUUUGUAAAGAUUUUCAACGCUUAGCAAAUUAAAAGCAUGAAAAAAUCUAUCAUCAGUCACAACAUUUGAUGAUGAAAUUGGGUUACUUAGUUGGUGGCUUUAUUUUCUUACAAUGUUGGCGGGUACAUUGUAAGAAAAUAAAGCCACCAACUAAGUAACCCAAUUUCAUCAUAUCUUCUCUUAGUUAAAAACUUGUCCUUUGGGUUCUGGUCUCCUCCUACGAGGUCCUUUAUCCUAGUUUGUGAUGGUGUUGGUAGCAGUGAAAUCUAUUCGGAGUAUCCCGGAA